AUGUGUGAUUCCAGUGAUUAUGCUAUAGGAGCUGUGCUUGGCCAGAGAAGGGAAAAGGUGUUUCACGCCAUAUAUUAUGCUAACAAAGUCUUGAAUAAAGCUCAGUUGAAUUAUGCCACCACUGAGAAGGAGUUCCUAGCUAUAGUCUAUGCCUUGGAGAAGUUUAGACCUUAUCUUAUUGGGUCUAAGAUAGGAGCAGAUAAUCUUUUGAGGCGAUGUGUAACCAGAGAAGAAGCAGAAGGAAUUCUUUGGCAUUGUCAUGAUUCACCUUAUGGGGGUCACUUUAAUGGAGAAAGAACAAUUGUAAAGAUUCUCCAAUCAGGGUUUUAUUGGCCUACUUUGUUUAAAGAUGCUCAUAAUCAGGCCAGAAAUUGUGACAGAUGUCAAAGAAUUAGGGCUAUCUCAAGACGUCAUGAGAUGCCUUUACAAAGCAUCUUAGAGGUUGAGCUUGCAAAGGUCCUCAAACAUUAUGGGGUAAGACAUAAGGUGGUUGCACCUUAUCAUCCACAAACAGAUGCCCAAGUUGAAGUUUCUAACAAGGAGAUAAAGAGGAUUUUUGAGAAAAUAGUUGCCUCAUCAAGGAAGAACUGGUCACAGAAACUGAAUGAUGGUCUUUGGGCUUACAGGAUGGCUAUGAAGACAUCCAUGGGUUUGUCACCUUUUCAGUUGGUGUAUGGGAAAACAUGUCAUCUGCCAGUGGAGAUGGAGCAUAAAGCUUUAUGGGCUCUGAAAUUUCUGAAUUUUGAUCCUCAUGAAACUCAGAAUAAACGCAGGAGGCAAAUACUGGAGCUUGAAGAGAUGUGGUUGCUUGCAUAUGACUCCUCUAGGAUUUAUAAAGACAAGGUAAAAUUCUAUCAUGACAGGAAGUUGAUAAAGAGGGUGUUCAAUCCAGGGCAGCAAGUGUUAUUGUUUAAUUCAAGACUGAAGCUAUUUCCUGGAAAGUUGAAGUCAAAAUGGUCAGGGCCUUUCGUAGUGAAGAACGUGCAUCCUCAUGGACCAAUUGAAUUGGUGGAUCUUGAUGAGCUCCGUUCCGAAAUAGAUCGGCGAGGAGUCCUAGGAUCUGACGUGGAUCGAGCUGAAACACCGAGAAGUAGAGGAAAACACGAGUUGGAAGUCGAAAACACAGCGAAAGACAGAAGAUGA